AUGGCAGACCGGGGUCCUCUCAGAAUUGAUACUAGUAACGAGCGACCCGUCCCGCCUAUCGCAGCAGCCUUCUUGGUCAACUUUGACCAUCGCAAAGGGUACACCCUAGGAUGGCACAGAUCACUUGAAGACGUCCAAGUCGAGGGCGUCGUCGAGUUCAAGUCCCUUCCGUCCGGGUUACACAAUGUGGAAGAGGAUUUGGUCUAUUUUAUCCACGAUGAUUACUGUGGCCUCAGCGCUUUCCUCAACCAGCCCGACGAGCAAUCGGAACGGUCUGCGCGAAUGCUGGCAAUUGGUGUUCUUGUCCCCCUCGAAAAUGGCCGCAUAGGGCGAAGCUGGCGCCAUGCGGAGUCUCUAAAAGAACUCGCAAGGUACGCCUUGAAUAUGGAGGACACCUCCGCAUUGGAGGAAUACUGGGGGAAAUAUAAGCCUCGACCAGGAGAUCGACCGGUACAGACUCCUUACGAUUCGGCAGAACAAUUCAGUUCUCAACAAGUCAACGGAUACCGGAAAGCAAGGACAAUGAGUACGGCAACGACAUUCAUAUCGUCACUUCACGCCUUGACACCUCAUCAUCCGGCCUUGACGUUGCUGGAUUCCAUCAAUCUCUUUGGUCCUCUCAUUUUCCCACUGUAUCGCGCCGCUUUGCUUCGAAAACGGAUUCUCGUCGUCACAGACACCCCCGUGGAAUUCAGUUGUAACCUUGUAUAUAAUAUCUCCAUAUUGUCUUCUAUUUCACAAGCACUGUCACCACUUCUUCCUGCAGACAGCACGCCCAGUCUGAGACUUCGGCCUCUCUUCACCGUUGGAGUGCUCGACAUUCCACAACUUAAGCGGAGCAAAACAUCUCCCGACUCCAGCUGGAUUGCCUGUACGACAGACGAUGUGUUGAGUACGAAGCCAGAUCUUUACGACAUUCUCGUUUUGAUGCCUCCAUCCGAAUCGCAAAAUGCGGCCGUCAAAGUGUUUCCUCGGGUGAUUGUUUCGAGCCCGGGGCUGAACAAGGCUUUCCCGAAAACGGGAGUCAAAUCUACUCGGCGGGAUUUCCGUCGAUUUGUGCACCUCCAGCAGGGACUUCUCCAAUUUCCCCGGAGCCAAGUCACGGGCAAGGGGACCGAGACCAGUGAUAACAACGACGCCGCGUCCAUUUCGACAACUUCCUCGUCGUAUUCGGACAACAAGGCCGUAGUGGAGCCCUCAUCCUGGUCACGGGUGGCAUACACCUCUUUGGUCUGGUGGGCUUCUGCUGGCGAUCGACGAGGAGGAUUUGCAGAGACGGAGGAGGCCGAAACGGAACGCGAUUUUGCAUUGGUGCGACGUGAAGGGGACGAUGAGCAAACCCGUGAAGUGGCUCUUGUUGCCUAUUUUCAUCGCAUGACUGGCAUCAUCUUUCAGACCAUUGCAAAAGCAAUCGCGAGAACGGACGGCAGAAAUGCCGACGCUGAACCGUGUCACGACGAUGACGAUGACGAAGAUGAUGCCAGACCCGUCGAACCAAGCGCCCUGGCACAAAGGUCUCCUGUUGAGGGGGAGGAGAGCCAGGGCCUUUUGGCCGAACCGGAGAAGGCAAAAGUCGAGAUCAACGAGGAAGACAUGGCAGCGAUGGGACUGGAUAGCUGGAGUGUAUCAGACGAGCAGUUUGUGGAGGAGUUGGUCCAAAGGUGGUGGGGACGAAAAGCAGUUGUACGGGCUGGAGUGAUUGAAUGUUGUGGCCUCAGGAUUCUCUGA